UCCUGGAUUCACAUACACACACGCACCCUCCUCACAUGUCCACAACACUCCGCCAGUGCUGCUUGUGGAUUGUAAAGUUUAAAUGCCCUGGGGGUGGCUGAUCCUCCCCCUCCUUUCUAGACCUCCCUCCUCGUCUGGCAAUGAACAGCUGCCUUUGCAUGAAAAGAAGGGACGAUUUUCCACGCUUAACAGAUCAUCCUAUAAUGCCUGAGGUUCGGGAUUUAUCUGAUGCUCUGACAGAUGUUUCCAUGGAUCCAAUAACGGGUGUUGGAGUUGUAGCAUCGCGGAAUCGUGCCCCUACUGGCUAUGAUGUGGUUUCUCAGACAACAGAUGGUUUAGAUGCAGACCUUUGGAAAGAUGGUUUAUUCAAAUCCAAGGUGACGAGAUACCUUUGUUUUACCAGAACCUUUUCCCGAGAGAACAGUCACUUAGGAAAUGUGCUCGUUGACAUGAAACUGAUUGACAUAAAAGACACAUUACCCGUGGGCUUCAUUCCUAUUCACGAAACAGUAGACACACAAGAAAUUGCCUUCCGAAAAAAACGUCUGUGCAUUAAGUUUAUUCCACGGGACUCCACAGAAGCUGCUAUCUGUGACAUCCGCAUCCUGAGCCGUUCAAAACAAGCACCUCCACAGUACACCUUCAUUGGUGAGUUGAACAACAUGGGCAUCUGGUAUAGAAUGGGAAGGGUACCACGGGCUCCAGAAUCACCAGAACCAUCUUCUCCCUCUUCCCCCACUGCUGUUAUCACGUCUGCAUCUGCUCCAAACCUUCCAAGACACAUCUCUUUAACUCUUCCUGCUACGUUUCGUGGCAGAAACAACACGCGGCCGGACUUUGAAAAUCAGCAGUCAAACUUAUACGCAAUAUCUGCUAUGGAUGGGGUACCUUUUAUGAUCUCUGAGAAGUUUGCAUGUGCAUCUGAAGCGAUGCAGCAGGUUGAUCUCUUGGGGAUUACCAUAAAGUCACUGGCUGAAAUCGAGAAGGAGUAUGACUACAGUUUCAGAACAGAACAAAGUGCAGCUGCUCGUCUACCGCCUAGCCCUGCCCGUUGCCAGCAGAUGCCUCCACCUUGAAAGAGGAGAGGGCAGGCAUUAAAAGUGGCACGCACAAAUACUACUGAGCAGAACCCAUUGCUGCUGAUCCUAACCAUUAACCCCUUCCUAGCCAUAGUGGCCGGAAAUGAAGAGUUGGCAUUUUUCUUUCUUUGUUAUGUUUUGUUUUGUUUGUUUUUCUAAUGACAUCGUUUUUGUAUUGUAUUUUGUAAAUAUAAAGGCAAAAAAACAACAACAAAAAAAGUAAUUUAAAAAAAUAUUAUUGCAUUAUUAGCGAUUGUGAGCUGUCAUCGGCUCGACAUAAGACAGUGUUAACAAAUGCUAAAUAUAUUUUCAAACAUCAGGUCACUUAUCAGCUGUGGAAUUUGUGGGGACUUUUUAUACCACUGACAAACCUACUCCUAUAUCCAUUAAACCUCAAACAAAAGUUCUUAUUUUAAUAGCAUAAAAACACAAGUGGAAAUAAUUGGGAAUGAGCAGCUUCUUAGAUUCUCGGAAAGGCAUAAUAUAAAAAAAGCUAUAAUAAAAUAGAUGUUCUGUGCAUGCUCAAUUUAAACUGUUGGAGAGAUUUUGUGUUUUUAUGUUACAUUUACAAAUUGCAUGAUGUUGCAGCUUUGUAAGAGACACAGAAAUGGGCGAGAGUUUGAUUUAUUUCUUAACACGAUAACUCUUCCUCUUUGAAGCCUCAUAUAACUGCACUCUGAAAGUAUUUCUUUGUGCAUAAAUACUGCUACAUGCAAGCCUAGUUCCAUGUGUAUUUGCAGUAAUUGCACCCAAUUAAAUGUAUUAUUUGAGCCAUCUCCCAGUAAUUAACUUAAGUAGUCACUAGAAUUUAUUUAUGUAGUGAUAGCAUCAGAAUAUGUUGGUUUACAAAAACAAUCAAAGCACCAGAACCUGCUCUAAUUCCCUGAAAGAAUGUAACUAUAUUUACAGUGAACACAUAUUUUUUAUAUAUUUAUAUUUGGUUCAGUAGUCUUUAAUUUAGAUGUAACUCUUAUAAUAUUGAUUCCCCCUUCUCUUAAGGUUUCGCUCGGCCUCUAUAGUCUUGGUUUGACGCAUAUCAUAAGUUUUAGUGCAACAGAAGAGCAGUGAUGGCAGAUAUUUUAAACAAAACAUCUAUUGGAGGCGAGCAAUACCACAUUUAAAUAAAAUGGAAAAAGAUCCGGCAACCUUAUGUUUUCCAGUUGGACAUGGAGUUCCCCCUGUAACACCCUCUAUCUAUUUAUAUACUACCUUACUAUUAAUUAACCCUCCUUACCACUAUCAAUAACCUCCUUCAAAGCAGCUUUGUAUGAUUGGGAUAUUGCAACAUAAAUAAUUGAUCAAUAUUUCUUGAUCUUUUAUGUUCUUCUAGUUAUCUGUGCAAGGGCAAUGUUCUAAAUCCAGAUAAAACUUCUAUUGUUUGUGUGUUCCCUAACAGUAAUACAAGCUGCUAUUGUAAAAUAGACUCCUUAAGUAUGUGUGUUUUAAGGAACACUGAAAAGUACCAAUACCACCAAAGUACGCUAUAUCGGUUAUAGACCCCCCCCAACUGUCCUGUUUAAUAUUUUGCGUUCUUUCUGGUGGACCGCUGGGUGCCGGACUCUGCCUCUGAUAUUACUGGAAGCAUUAUGUCCACUGGUGCAUGGCUUAGCUCACUGGCUGAGAGUAAUCAACGGAUGCUCUCAGCCAAUGAGCUGGACCUGCACUGCAGAAGCAUUUGGCUCUCCAUACCAGAAGAGGAGAGAGAGCGGUGCCCAGCAAACCCUAGAAGGUAGAAAGUCAAAUCAUUGGCAAACAUUUUGACUACUUGCAAAAGGGGCACUAAAGUACACUCCUGGCACUAUAACAUGCUAUAGUAGUUAUGGUGCUUUGAAUGUUCUUUUAAUAAAAAUAUUAUUUGCAAUCUGAAUACCUCUGGGUUAACGAGUUAUUGUGAAUUUUCAUCAUGUCUCCUGCCCCUUUUCUUGCAAUGAACACAUUAGGGAGUGAGAAAUGCAAAGCACAGGAGGUAAUGUCUCUGGUUUGCAUAUUGUACUACUUCUGAGAGGUAUUAAAUGGGCAGACAGCCAAGUAAACUCACUAAAAGUAUAUGAUUUAUUUGUACUAUGUAGUAUGUUGUCUCCUGUUUUAUAUGUCUGUUCUUAUCAUUAAUCAAUACAAAUCCAUGAACUGUACUGGCAAAGCCCUGAUUAUUUUGUUACAGAUUGCAGGAGAGCUUAACAUUCUACAAAGUUUCCACUGAGCUUUAACUUUAUAUUGUGAUUAUAUCCAUAUCUCCUGUGCACAGGAAGCAUGUAGGGUACAUUUGAAAAAUGUGUAAUUUAAGGUAUUUAAAAUGUAAGGGGGGAAUUAGAACAGAAACAAAGCUAGAGGCACAUAGCACAGUUAUAUCAAGACAAACAAACCACUAUGGUCAUAACGUUUUGUGAUAUAUAAACGAAUCAGCCAAUUCCAGUGCCUAUUUUCCAUAAGGUUCUUAUUCAUAACAUAGCCUGAACCGUACACAGUAUGGAUGUAUAAUGUGCAUUUUUGUAUAAUGUAUAGCCGCCAUAUUUAGCACUAACAAUGCAGUUUUCUAUUCAUAGUGCCGUUUUAUCAGUCAAAUUAAAACAUGCCAUUACUCUAGGUAUUUGUAAUACCAGUCUUUGCUGUCCAAAACAUUCACCGGUUGGUAAACCAGACAUAUACGCAAGAAUAUGUAUAAAUCAUUGUAAAGCUUUUGUAGAAAUAUUUUGUGAAAUGAAAAUAUUGUUUUAAAAAAAAAAAAGGUAACUUUUGUAAUACCUGGAAAAGAAACAGUGCCGAUUUAUGUAUUGCAAAAAUGUCAUGCUGAAGAAUACUUUGCCACUCUGUGUCUUCUCUGUUCUAGUUAUUGGCAUUUAUAUGCAAAAGAAAACAAUGAUGUGUAUGUUAACCAAUAUGUGAUACAUUUUCAAGUUAUACAGUUUCUUGAAAAUCACAUGAAUAGUUUACAGAGAAACACAAUUAAACAAAAACCUACCUUUAUUACGGAGUGGAAAAAUAAAAAGGUUCUGAUUUAACUUAUUUUUUUCUUUCUUUCUAAUUUUAUACAUGCGUAUCAAUUUAAUAAGUGGUGGUAGAUACAAGGUCAGAUGUUCAGGGGGGCAGUUGCAUAAAGCAGAUGUUUUGUCCGGUGUGGUUUUUUUUGUGUUUUUUUUUUUUUUUUAUAUGACACACACAGGAUACAUCUCACGACUAACAGAUUUCUUGUAAUUAUUUGUUCAAAUUAAAAACUAAGGAGGUUUAUGAGCAGUAAUUCUGCAGACUGUAAUACAAUAUUGUGUGAGAGCUGGACUUGAAUUAGAUAUUAACUUGGCAGAAAACAAAUGUGGCUUGUACUUGUAAUAAAGAAGAUUUUUAACCUGU